UUUUCGCACCUUCCCUGACGUCAAACCUCCAUCAGGGUUGCAACGCCACGUUGCCUUGGAUGCAUGCGUGAGUCCAGUCGCGAGUCGGGGCGAGCGUCCUGCGAGACGCGCUCCCGCCCAGCUUCUCCCUCCCGGCCGCAGGGACCGAAGGCGCCUAUUUUUGGCUCUGCGGGCAGCGGGGCCGCGGCGCUCGGACGGCCUGGGGUUCGGGAGGCGCCACGGAACCGGAAUCGGAACGGAGAGUGCCCGGCGCGGUCCUCGGUCUCUACCGCGGCCCGGAAGGAAUCCGGGCGGCCUCCGCGGAGAUAUUUGCCAGAACUAAUACAGCUGAUUAAAUACUUGACCUUUUCUGCUCCAGAGGCUGGUUUAAUUGAUUAAUUUUCUCCAUAAAUGUGAGAAGUCGGAAAAUCAGUAUUUCUCAUAAUAAAAAGUAAUAGUUUGAGUAUUGAAAGACUGUAGCCGUCUGACUUCAGUUAUUUAUUCAAGAUGCAGAAAAGACAAGGAUAUUGCAGUUAUUGCCGUGUGCCAUAUAAUAACCUGGAACAGCAGACUCUCACUAAAGGAAAAACUAAAAAGGAGUUCUUCAGGCAGAAGGAAAAUGAUUCCCGAUGGAAGCUCACAGAUACAGGAAGUAAUGAAGAACAGUGGAAAGCAUUUGUUCAGUGCUCAGCACAGGAGUCUGACCAGACAGAGUAGACGUCAAAUAUGUACCAGUAGUUUGAUGGAACGUUUCUUACAAGAUGUACUGCAGCACCAUCCAUAUCAUUGUCAAGAGAACAGUUCAGCACAAAAUGAGACAAAUUUGAAUACUGGGUCAUCGUCUGAAGUGGUGCAUUCGAAUGAUGAUUUUUCUGAAGAAGAGGAAGAGGAUGAGAAUGAGGUUAAGGAUGAGGAUGCUACUGAAAAGAGACCCUCCGAGGCUUCUGAGCCUAUUGAAGAGUUGCAUUCCAGACCCCAUAAAUCUCAGGAAGGCACAAAGGAGGUUUCAGUUCGACCAUCAGUUAUUCAAAAACUGGAGAAGGGACAGCAGCAGCCUUUGGAGUUUGUUCAUAAAAUUGGGGCCAGUAUGGAAAAAUGUAAUCCAGGAGAUAUUGCUCAGGCUACAAAUAAUGGAAGCAACUUGGUACGCCCACCAGUGAUUUGUAAUGCUCCUGCUAGUUGUUUACCUGAAAGCUCUAAUGGUAGACCAGUUACAACUAAUUCAACUGGUUUACCACCAGCAGUUCAUUUGGAUUCAGCUAGCAAAUGUGACCCAAACAAAGUGGACAACUAUCUUGAACAGCCAGACAGGGCCUCUAGAAAUCCUGUGCCAUCAUCUCAUCUGGAAAAUUCUUCAGUUUUGCGUCAGAAACCUAAAGAAUCAAAUAGGAAAUCUUUACGUGUAAAUUCGGAUAAGUUGGUUUUGCGGAAAGAUGUAAAAUCUCAGGGUAAAACUUUGUCAGCUGGCUUGAAAUUCCAUGAACGUGUGGGUACCAAGGGCUUAUUAAAAAUUAAGUCUCCUUCCAAAUUAGCAGUAAACCCGAGUAAAACUGACAUGUUUUCUAAUAAAGGAAUCUUUGAAGAUACUAUUCCAAAGCAUCGUGAGAAAUUCUUUUCUAAUAUGGAUUGUACCCAAGAAGAAAAGCAUUUGGUUUUUAACAAGAAAGCCUUUUUGGAUCAGAAGUGCUCAGUGAGUUCUGCCAUGAAGUUUGCUUGUAGCUCUCUUCAGUCAGCAUCUGAUCAGCCCCGAGAGUCUGCACAAGAUUUAAAUCUUUGGAAAGAAGAGCGAAUUGACCAAGAAGAUAACUAUGAAUCUAGAGAAUCAGAAAUGAGUUUUGAUUGCAGUUCCUCUUUUUAUUCACUGACUGACCAAUCUAAAAUGAAUGCCAAAGAAAUAAACCUUUCCAAGAAAGUACGUGCUGCUGUACCAUAUAAGAAUAACAAAUCUUCUAUUUCUGAAGUAAGUUCUGAUUGCGACAAUGUUCUUCAGUUGGCUACCAACCAAUCCCAAAUAAGUCUUCAGAAUACAAUGCGUAUUAGCCUGGUUGACCAAAGCUAUGAAUCUAGUAGUUCUGAAACAAAUUUUGAUUUUGAUGCUUCACCUCAGUCCACUAGUGAUGAUUACCCUCAACAAUCUGUAAAAGAAGUAAACCUUCCUAAGGAAGCACACAUUGGUUUGGUUGACAAGAACUAUGGUUCUAGUAGCUCUGAAUUAAGUGCUGAUUCUGUUUUCCCACUUCAGUCAGUGGUUGACCAGCCCUCAGUGGCUGUCACAGAAACAAAACUUCGGAAGAAAGCUCAUACUGGCUUGGUUGACAACUAUGGAUCGAGUUGUUCUGAAACAAGUUUUGAUUGUGAUGUUUCUCUUGAUCAUCCGCGAAUGACUGUCAAAGGAAGAAACCUGAAAGGUAGACAAGUUCACCUAAAACAUAAGAAGCGUAAACCCAGUAGGGCUAAAGCACAUCUUGGUUGUGAUGUCUCACUUGGGACAGUUGCAGAUGAAUCCCAGAGGGCUGUUGUGAAGAUGAAUCUUCUGAAGGAGAAGAAUGCUGACCUUAUGGAUAUAAACUAUGAAUCCCAGGGUCCUGAAAUGGGUUUUCACGCUGAUGCUCAAUUAGUGGCUGACCAUUCUCAAGUAGCAGUUACAGAAAUAGACCUUCAGAAAGUGGAUGUUGACCUUGAGAAUAAGAGUGUUCAGUCUAGCAGUACUUCUCUAAGUUCUGAUUCUCCAGCUUCUCUUUAUCAUUCAGCCCACGAUGAGCCUCAAGGAGCUUUGGAUGAAGUAAAUCUUAAAGAGUUAAAUAUUGACAUGGAAGUUAAGAGCUACGAUUGCUCCAGCUCUGAACUGACUUUUGAUUCUGACCCACCUCUUCUGUCAGUUACUGAGCAGUCUCAGCUGGAUGCCGAAGGAAAAGAACGGCACCUUGACCUGGAAGAUGAGAGCUGUGAGUCAGAUAGUUCUGAAAUAACAUUUGAUUCUGAUAUUCCUCUUUAUUCAGUAGUUGACCAGCCUGAAGUAGCUGUUUAUGAGGAAGAAACUGUUGAUCUGGAAAGUAAAAGUAAUGAAUCUUGUGUUUCUGAAAUAACUUUUGAUUCUGAUAUUCCUCUUCAUUCAGGAAAUGAUCACCCUGAAGUAGCUGUUAAAGAAGUAAUUCAGAAAGAAGAGUACAUUCACUUAGAAAGGAAGAAUGAUGAACCCAGUGGUUCUGAAAUAAAUUCGGACUCCUAUGCCCCUCUUCAUUCAGUGACUAAUUCUCCUGAAGUAGCUGUUAAAAAGCUAUAUCCUCAAAAAGAAGAGCAGGUGCACUUAGAAAAUAAGGAAAAUGAACCUACCAAUUCUGAAGUAAGUUUGGAUUAUAAUAUCAUGUUUCAUUCAGUGACUGGACAUUCUGAAGAUCCCAUUAAAGAAAUAAACCUUCACAAAAAAGAGCAUAUGUACUUAGAAAAUAAGAGUGUUUUUGAAACAGGUUUGGAUUCUGGUAUCUCUCUUCAGUCAGCGAUGCACAAACCUGAAGUAAUUGUCAAAGAAACAUGGCUUCAAAGAGAAAAGUAUACUGAAUUCCAAGAUAGAAGUGCUGAAUUCAGUGGUUCAAAAACAAGUUUAGAUUCUGGUGUCCCUCAUUAUUCAGUAACUGAACCUCAACUAGCUGUUAACAAAAAAAACAGAAAGAAGCAAUGUGUUAUAGAAAACAAGAAUGAUAAAUGUAGUGGUUCUGAAAUAAUUCUGGAUUCUAAUAUUCCACCUCAGUCAAUGACUGACCAACCUCAACAAGCUUUUUUGAGGGAAGAGUAUGUUAAUCUGAAGGACAGAAACAGCAAAUCAAGUGAUUCUAAAAUAACUUUUAAUUCUGAACAACUUCAGGAAGCAGUUAAAAAAAUAGACCAAUGGAAGGAAGAGGUUAUUGGCCUGAAAAAUAAGAUUAAUCAACCUAAUACUUCUAAAUCAAUACAUGAUUCUGAUGUUUCUGUCCAGUCUGUGGCUGACCAACCCCAAGUAGCUAUUAAACAUGUAAACCUUGGGAAUGAAAACCAUAUGUACUUGGAAGUUAAGAACAGCCAACAUAGUUGUUCUGAAAUGAAUGUGGAUUCUGAUUUCUUGGUUCAGUCAGUAGUCAGUCGACCUCAAAUAACUGUUUUAGAGCAGGAGCAGAUUGAACUAGAAGAUAAGCACAAUCAAUGUUGUAGUUCUGAAGUAAGUUUUGAUUCUGAUGACCCUCUUCAGUCAGUAGCUGACCGGCUGAGAGAAACUGUUAAAGAAAUAAGCCUUUGGAAGGAUGAAGAUGUUGACAUGGAAGAUAGGAGGGAUGAAGCUAAGGGUUUUGAAAUUAUGUAUGAUUCUGAUGUUCUUCAGUCAGUGGCUGCCCAACCUGAAGAAGUAGUUAAAGAGGCUGGACUUUGGAAAGAGCAUGCUGACUUGAAAAAUAAGAUUGUCAAACCUACUGAUUCCAAAAUAAAUUUUGAUUCUCAUGAACCCCUUCAGUCCAUGACUAGUAACAUUCAAGGGGUCAAUCAAGAAUUAAAUCUUUUGGUGGAGGAACAUGUUUGUCUGGAUGAGAAGAGCUAUGCACCCCGUGAUUCUGAAAUAAUUUAUGUUUCAAAUAUCCCUCUUCAGUCAGUGAUUAAACAGCCACACGUUUUGGAAGGGGAGCAUGCCAAUCUGGAAGAUAAGAGCAGUGAUUCUUGCAGUCCUGAAGAAGGUUCUGAUUUCAGUGACUCUUUUCAGACAGUAGCUGAUGGACUUCAAAAAUCUGUCAAAGAAAUAAAUCUUUGGAAGGAAGACCAUAUUUACCUGGAAGAUAAGAGCUAUAAACUAGGUGAUUUUGAUGUAAGUUGUACUUCUCAUAUUCCUGUUCAGUUUGUGACUGAUCAAUCUUCUGUGUCUGUUGAAGAAAUAAACUUACAAAAGAAGGAUCAUAAUGAUCUAGAAAAGAAGAACUGUAAAACCUGUGGUUCUGAAAUAAAAUGUGAUUCUUGUGUUCGUCUUCAGUCAAAAGUUGAUCAACCUCAAGUGACUUACAAAGAGGCAGACCUUCAGAAGGAAGAACAUGUUGUCAUGGAAGAAAAGACUGAUGAACCUAUGGAUUCAGAAAUGAUGUAUGAUUCUGAUGUUCCUUUUCAAAUAGUAGUUAACCAAUUUCAAGGGUCAGACAAAGAAACACAGCUUCCAAAGGUGGUACUUGUGAAUGUGAUGCCCAGUGAUGGUGAUUAUGAAGUAAUUUCAGAUGAUACUCCCCUUCAGUUAGUGACUGACCCACCUCAAUUGACUGUCAAAGAUAUCAACUGUAUAAAUUCAGAAUGUAUGGAUAUAGAAGAUAAGAGUUGUGACUCUUUUGGCUCUGAAGUCAGAUGUAGUUGUAAAGCCUCUUCUCCCUCAACGACAAGCCAAUGCAAAGAGACUUUCAAAAUAAUAAACCGGAAGAAAGACUAUAUUAUUCUGGGAGAGCCAAGUUGUCAGUCUUGUGGUUCUGAAAUGAAUUUUAAUGUUGAUGCCUCUAAUCAGUCCAUGACUUAUGAGUCACAAGAACCGGAUAAGAAAAUGGUGAAAUAUAUUGACUCAGAAGAUAAUAACUGUGGAUAUAAUGGCUCUAAAGGAAAAUUUAAUUUGGAAGAUACUUCUCAUCGAAAGACUCACCGAAUGCAGAAAGCUCACAAAGAAGCCAACCUUUGGAAAGAUCCAAGAAAUGCUAGCCUAAAGAGUAAGAGCUGUCAAUCUAGUGCUUCUGCAGUGGAUUUUGGUGACUCUUCUAAGUCAGCGCUCCAUAGAAGGGCUGAUAAAAGAAAACUUUCAAAGUUAAAACAUGGAGAUCUAGAAAGUGUGAGCCGUGAACUGGUUGAUUUUGAGAUGAAUUUUCAGUGUGCUCCCCCUCUUCCGUCUGAUACUCAUCAGCCUCAAGAAACUGUUAAGAAAAGACAUCCUUGCAGGAAGGUAUCUUUUGACCUGAAAGAAAAGAACUGUGAUUCCCAGCCAAGCUCUGUUCCUGAGGUUGAUUCUGUAAGGAACCUGAAAAAAGCAAAGGACAUCAUAGAAGAAAAUUCUGAUGAACCAGUUCUUGAAGCCUUACCUCAUGUACCUCCUUCAUUUGUGGGGAAAACAUGGUCUCAGAUAAUGAGAGAAGAUGACUUAAAAAUUAAUGCUCUUGUGAAGGAGUUUAGGGAAGGCCGUUUCCACUGUUACUUUGAUGAUGACUGUGAGACCACAAAAGUUUUUCCAAAGAAGAAAAGGGUUACCUGGGCUGACUUGAAAGGUAAGGAGGACACUGCACCAAUUCAAGCUCUGUCCGAGAGUGAUGAUACUGUACGUGGUAGUUCAGAUAUUGAUGACUUGUCAGUGGCCUUCGAUCAACCAUGCCAUCAUCAUCCUCCAGCAGAGAAUCCUUCUACACAAAAGUGGCCUGUGGCUUCUGAAUGCCAGACAGCGAACAUCAGCCAUAGUACUCAAACCAGUUGUAAGAAUUACCCAGUGUUGAAAAGAAAAAUAAUUAGACAAGAGGAAGACCCACCAAAAAGUAAGUGUUCACGUUUACAGGAUGACAGAAAAACCAAAAAGAAUGUCAAAAUUGGGACAAAAGUUGAGUUUCCUGCAUCGUGUACUAAAGUUUUGAAGCCUAUGCAACCCAAAGCCUUAGUUUGUGUUCUUUCUUCUUUAAAUAUUAAACUGAAGGAGGGUGAAGGCCCCCAGUUCCCUAAAAUGAGGCAUCAUAGUUGGGAUAAUGAUAUUCAGUUUAUAUGCAAAUAUAAACGGAAUAUCUUUGAUUAUUUUGAGCCCUUGAUUAAGCACAUUGUAGUUAAUGUAGUAGUACCUCCCCUGAAUGUAGUAGUACCCGAGGUUGAGAGGCAUAACUGGGUUAAAAUUCAUUUUAAUAGGAGCAACCUAAACUCCAGCGCAGGAGAUAAUGAUGCUGAUGGACAAAGCUCUGCUUCAGUGCCUUUAAUGGCAGCGCCAGCAAGAUAUGGAUUUAAUUCACAUCAGAGAACCAGUGACUCUUCUCUGUUUCUGGAAGAAUCAAAGGUUCUGCAGGUUCGUGAGGUUCCAAAGAAAAGUAAUUUCCAGCUAACAUUUUUAAAUCAUGAUGUUGUAAAAAAUCAUUUAAAUUAUCCAGAAUCAGUUAGAACUAAAUUUUUGGGAAGUAAAAGUAAAAAGAAAAUUCAUGAAAAGAAGGUGACAGCUAGUGGUAGAAAGCUAGGUUUUCCCAAAAAGGUUAGUAAACCAAUUAUUUCUCAGAAAAAAACCAGAAAAGCUUCAGAGAAACAAUCACCUUCAAUUUGGACCAAACCAAGUGAGGUAAUUAGAAAGUAUAUGUCAAAAUACUCAGCCUUUUUAUAUCAUAGAUGUCAGUCUAGGUAUGCUUUUUUUGGAAUGUAUCCAAAGAAGGAAACUGUUAUCAGUAGGCUAAAGAAGGCAAAGAGAACAGCUAACGUGCUUUCACACUCCUCAGUUCCACCAGCUGGUGCUGAAGAACUGUCAGGCGCUAUCGCAAAUCCUCCUCCGAAGCUACCUGUGCAUUCUUCUAGACGUGCAUGUUCUUCUAGACCUGCGCCGCCUUCUAGACCUGCGCCACCUUCUAUACCUGCGCUUUCUUCUAGACCUGCACCUUCUUCUAGACCUGCGUGUUCUUCUCGACCUGCGCGUUCUUCUCGACCUGUGCGUUUUUCUAGCCGCAUUGCGAAAAGGGAGGAGGAGAAGAGGAGUGAAAAAUGCCAGAGCCAAAAGAAAACUUCUUCUGGACCCGUGAGAGCAUAUAAUCUGAGAAGUUCAUCUUGUUCACAACCUUGUGAAAGAAUGAUGACUCGGCUAGCAAACAAAUUGAGAGGUAAUGAGGUAAAAUAGAAGUUUUAUUUGUGUUCAAGCCAGUUGAGGGUUCAGUACUUUAAUUGAAAUAUAUUUGGUACUUUGUGCACACAGCUUUCCCAACUUUGGUGAGAAAACUAAACUUGAACUAUUUUGCUAUAAAUAUUAUUUUUCAGAAUUUUUAUAUUCAUUUAAAAUUAGUGUUUAGAGUCCUUUCAUUUUAAGAUUCAAAAUGAACCUUACAUUUUGUUCAACAUUUUCUGUAGAAGACCUUCAUCUUAAUUUAUGUCACAAAAUAAUUUAGUAGAGUAUGUAGAAUUUUGUCCCUCAAAUCAUAUCCCACUUAUUUUUUUAUGAUUAUCUCUCUCAUGCCAGCAAAUUUAAUAUUGUUAGAAUAAAUAUAGCAAAUUUAAUUAAUGCUAUAUUAUUACUUUUUAAAAAUCAGAACAAACGCAUACGUGCCUAUAUUCUUUGUGUUUUAGAGUGGCAUUGUCAAUAUAGUAUUCUAAUUGGACAAUUAUAAAGAAGGAACUAUAAUGAAUUAUGUCAGCUUUUGAGUGGGGUUGACUUAAAUGAACACAAACAAAAUAUAAUUUAUCUUUUUUAAAGCAUUCCAGAAAAUGAGAUUCCAUAAUCUUUAAUACAGUUUUUAAAAAAUGGCCUGGUGAUUUUUUUAUGCAUAACAUGAACUCCUGCUUCAUUUAAAUUGGAUCUGCAAGGCCAGACACAGUGGCUCAUGCCUGUAAUCCCAGCACUUUGGGAGGCCAAGGUGGGCAGAUUACCUGAGGUCAGGAGUUCAAGAUCAUCCUGACUGACAUGGAGAAACCCUGUCUCUACUAAAAAUACAAAAAACUAGCAAGACGUGGUGGGGCAUGCCUGUAAUCCCAGCUACUUGGAAGGCUGAGGCAGGAGAAUCGCUUGAAUCUGGGAGGCGGAGGUUACGGUGAGCUGAGAUGGCUCCGUUGCACUCCAGCCUGGGCAACAAGAGUGAAACUUCGUCUCAAAAAAAGUAAGAACAAAUUUAAAAAAUUUGAUCUGUAAGUCUCUACUUUAUCAUUUGGACACAUGCACACAUACAGUCUCUGUAGGUUUUUUGGAUUAGCCUUUUAGAUCUUAAUGGGGAAAAUAAUUUCACCCGUGUGUUUAGGCAUUCCCCCUCCCGCUCUUUGUUUAACCACCUUUACUCCCCCCUCCACAUGAAGAGUUGGUGGUUUAAUAUGAAAAUCCAGGUUACUUUGUGGCCUUAUCUCUUAAAAUGGUUUAGACAUCACCAUAUCAUUUUUUAAUAGCUUGAACUGAAAUUAUUGGCUUGGUAAUAUUUGGGCAGGCCAUUAAUUCUCAUUAGAAAAUUACUUAAUAUUUCAAAAAAUUGAAUAAAACUGGUAACCUCUGUGGAGGCCCAUUUUCCAAGUGGAAACCUGUAUUUAUACAUUAGUUUGUCCUAAGCUUGUUAACAGAUUUUUAACAGUUCAAAUAAAAGAUGUUAAUGAGAUGCAGUUUGAGUCUGGGAUAGUCAGAAUAUAUCCAGAAUCUUUAGUCAGGUGGACUGUUUGAGUUGGUACAGAGGCAUUGAGUUGUCAUUCAUUCAUGUUGAGCCAAGAUCCUGGAUCUUCUAUCGUUAAUGUUAAGGGGAAACAUGAAUUCCAGCUAUAUUGUAUGACUGCCAUAUUUUAUUGAAACUAAGGUCAAUGUUAAACCAUUAUCUUGAUUUCAGGAUUUAAAAUGUGUUACCUUAGAAAUAAUGAAGUGUAGUAUAACAGUUUGUUUCUAAAUGUGGUUUUAUUUCAGGGGCCAUUAUUUAAUCUGUGUAUACUAUGAUGGAGUUCCGUUGUGAUUUCUGUACUUCUAAAUUUAAAUAGUAAUUAUGUUUAAAAAAAAAAGACAAAUGUUUGUGUUUUUAGUUGCAAAGCAGCAUAUAUCACAUUUCCUUCAACCUUGCCUCCUCAUAUACAAAUAUAUUUUCACUUUUAAAAGAUCACUGUGAGCCACUAUUUCAAAAUAAUCCUCCAAUUUUAAUUUAGGAACAGAGCUUUGUCCUAUUGACUAGGAAACAAAAAACAGCUGAUACAUAAAAAACUCUACUUGUGGGUAUUGGUGUCUUUUUCCCCUAUGGAAUAGACACAUAGUUCCCUUAAAUAUCAUUAAUAGACAUUCUUCAUUCUUUCAGUGUAAGUUUAAAAGCAAGAGCUCAAAUGGAAAUAGUACAUAUGAUAUGUCAUAGCUGUUGUAAUUACAUCAUGCAGAGAGAACAGCUCUUAUAAUUCAAAUAAUCAAAAUUUCAAGUUAUAAAAAUGUUACCAUUUUCACAUUGGAAGCCCUUCUAAGUACCAUUUUCAGUGGGGGCAGGGAGAAGGCUUAUAUUUAAAAUUUAUAUUACCAAACAUAAAAGUACAGUGCAGUACUGAUGAUUUUGUUCAAAUUUUUUCAAAUGCUUACUAAGUUCUUGUAAUCAUGAUUAUUUUAGACAAGCUUGAAAUUGUAAAACUUAUAAUUUAAGUUAAAGAAAUGAAUUACUUUCAGAAUUUGGUAGGAUACAAGAUGUGCCCCUUUGUCUAAAUAAAUGUUGGCUUAAUUCGCAGAUUAGAUAAAACAAUUGAUGUUUUUGUGUAUUCAAGAAUGCAUUAAAUUCUUUUAAUAGUAAAAAGUCAAAUUACAACCAUAAUGAGUAUUUUAUUAAUCUUGUUCUUGUUCAGUAUCUUGCAUAGAUUUUUAUUGUAAUUGUCCUGAGUUCUACAGUAUGUGGACAAUAUUGUGUGAAGUGUGUUUUUGCAUUUGUGCAUUUAAAUUAUUUAUGUAACUAGGGCUCUGAGUAAUACUUUUUUUUUGGUUAAAGAAAAGCUAUAUUUAAAUAUUCAAAUAAUUAUAUAUUUCCAUGUAAAACUAAUGUGAAGACUAAUGUAUUUUUUAUAUUGCAAUGUAACAGCUAAACUUGUUUUUGAUGUUAUCAAGAUAAAAUUUAUUAAACCUUGAAAUUUGUCUCUGUUC